AUUUCCAAAUUCAUCCUAUCGAACAAAGUUUAAUUACGCACUUCAAUAUAUGUAACACAAUUAAGUUCUACUUUAUUAGUAUAAGUGUUUUGCGGUAUCUGUGAUAAUUAUUUAAUCCAGCUAUGGGUAAGCCAUAUCUUCAUAAAUAGUUUGUGAAUUUAAGGCAUGGUUUAGAAUACAUGUGUGCUACAAAACAUGGACAAUCCGCUUUACAGAGAAAGUAUUGAUUCUGAAGAAAACGAUGGAAAUAACACUGUAGAAUCAAUGACUGUGUUCGACCGUGUGUUUAAAAAGGAAACAUUUUGGACAAAAUACCGUUCAUUUCUGUGCGCUGUUGGUGGAUUGUUAGUUGGUUGUUUUGUUACUGUUGGAUUUUGUUAUCUCUUCUUUAAUUUAGGAAAAAAACAAAACGACGGAAAUGUUCAGUCACGCGUUGGUGGUUUUAAAGAGGAAGAAAAUCGAAUUUUCAGAGUUAUUGAAGAAGUGAACAGGACAAAAAAAGAUUUUAUGGUUAUUCACGAUAUGAGAAAAGAAUUGACUAACUAUCUGACGGAUAUUAGAAACACUUCUCGUAAAGAGAUUUUGAUACUGGAGACGUCUUUUAAUGCCACUAUGCAGCUACUUAAUGAUAUACGUCAGAAAAGUGAACAAGAGCUUUCAACAAUGAUAGAAACAAGAAAACAAAUGUCGGAAUUGAAUACAGAACUCCGUAAUAGAAGUUACGCUGCGCAUUUAAACAUGAUAGAAUCAAGACACCAAAUGUCGGAAUUUCGUACAGAAAUGCGAAACAGGAGUUUAAAUGCAGAAAGAGUCAUACAACAGUGGAUAAAUGAAAGUCAGAAACACCACCAAGAGUUUCAGAGGAAAAGUCAAAAAGAUCUCAUGUCCUUUCAGAACAUGAGAUACGAUAUAUUGAAAGUCUUAGCAGCUACAGACAUGUGUUUUCGAAACGAAACUUUCAACAUGACAGAACCAACACAACCUACAGAUAUAAGUGGCACAAUGCGGGAUUGUUUAGCGUGGAAACAGAAUGGUAGUCUGACGAAUGGGGUAUAUAGUAUUAGUCCUGAUAAUACAACGAUACUAGAGGUAUACUGUGAUAUGACGACAGACGGAGGAGGCUGGACUGUGUUCCAGAGGCGAUAUGAUGGAAACGAAAAUUUCCUCAGGGGCUGGCAUUCGUAUGAAGAUGGUUUUGGAGACAUUAACGGAGAAUUUUGGAUAGGAAAUAAAUACCUACAUAUCUUAACAAAAGUACCAACAGAGCUACGUAUUGACUUAAUGGCUUGGGAUAACGAAAAGAGAUAUGCAAAGUACUCCACGUUCGUUAUUGGUGAUGCUGAAUCAAAGUAUACGCUAUCUGUUGAUAGAUUCAGUGGAGAUUCUGGUGAUGGUUUAGAUUAUCAUCAUGGACUGAAGUUCAGUACUUUUGAUCAGGAUAAUACAAAAACAGGCACAAAAUGCGCUGCCAGAAACAAGGGAGCAUGGUGGUACAAUAAUUGUAGCUACUCCUCGUUGAACGGAGAAUACCUUAAAACCAACGGCAGAGCUGAUCAAAAUAUGGGAAUCAACUGGGAAAAAUUUAAAGGAGAUCAUUACUCAUUAAAAUCGGCCUCCAUGAUGCUUCGUAGGAAAACAUAAAAACCAAUGGUUGAAAUUAUGAUUCUGUACUCAUGUAUAACAUGUGUUCAAUUAAACUUAUUACGUGUGUUUAACAUUCCAAAGUUCUAUUGUCCUGCUAAAAUGUGAUUAUAGUUUUUAUAUUGUUUUUCAUCGUUUUAUUAUUUCAUUUGUUCAUUUCUUCAUUUCUGUGUAUGAAAGAUAAGUAUAAAGAAGUAGUCAAAGAAAUGCAUAACCUUGUGCAACGCAAAAUAAAUAAAUAUCAAUACGUAUAGGCUUUCUAGAAUCUCACUUUCAAAAAUCAGAAUCUGAUCUAAAAUUACAAUUAGAUACAAAUUAUUUCCCUCGUUGGGCAGUAUACUAGUAAAAAUACUGGUUUGCUGCAGUGCAAAGCAACGUCGAGAAGUAAAAUUUAAAAAAAUGCUUUACUUUAGUUUAUAAACAUUUCAGCUUUAUAAUCGAGUUUGAUAACGAGUAUGCUGGAUGACAAAAUACAAUUGAUAGUUUUUAUAUUUAUAUAAACUAAAUAAUAUCCUUAAAUCCACACGGAUUAAAAACCGCUAAUCGUUGACUGUUCAUUGAUCUUUAUUGGCGCGAGCAGUUCUGCUUUCCGCAAAAGAAUAUAACCAUUAUCACAUUAUAGUUUUAGAGUAAAAUUUGUGAUUCCGGAAAUGAGUUCCUUUAAAAAGGGCUAUAAAUCUAAACUUAACAGACUUUUUUAAACAUUUGCAAACUAACGUUACAACUUUAAAAAAAUAGUGUUUCUUUCAUAUCGAUUUCAUCUCUUUAUGCUAAUUUUACAUGCAGAGUAACAUAUUUAAGUAAUUUGAUGUUAUAAAACCGUGAAACCGUUUUGAAAAUUAAGAUGUGAUUUUAUUGAUAAUUUGUAUAAAAUAAUUGUGAUUUUA